AUGGCCGAGCGGGUUUGUGCCUGGCUCCUGGGCACCAUCGCCAGCCCCUGGCUCCGGCUGGCCCGACCCCGACCCGGACCCCGACCCCGACCCCGGCCCCGGCCUCGGCUCCUCCCGGGGCCCGCCGGGGACACAGGCGGCGCGGCCGCUCCCGCCGCCUCCGCAGCGUCUUCCCCGCUCCGAGCUCCGCCGCUCUUGAGCGCGGCCGCCGGCCCCGAGCCGCCGGUGUCCGCUUCAAAAGAGCCAACAUGUGGGGAUGGCCGGCCCGGGGCGGCUGAGCGGCGCUCGGGGGCCGUUCCUGGCCCCGGGCCGAGCGCUGACGGCCGCGUCUCGCCGGCACGGAAGGCGCAGCAGGGCCUGAAGGAGCGCUACCGGCUGGGUUCGCUGCUGGGGCGCGGCGGCUUCGGCAGCGUCUUGGCGGCGACGCGGCUCUCGGACGGCGCCCCGGUGGCCAUCAAACGGGUGCCACGGAACCGCAUCCACCAUUGGGGCCGGCUGCCCGACGGCACCCGAGCACCACUGGAGAUCGUGCUGCUGCACAAGGUGUCCGCUGGCUUCCCCGGCAUCGUCCAGCUCCACGAGUGGCUGGAGCUCCCCAACAACGUGGUGAUGGUGCUGGAGCGCCCGGAGCGGUCUCAGGACCUCCUUCACUUCAUUCGGGCACGGCGCUUCCUGUGCGAGGAGGUGGCGCGGCACCUGUUCCGCCAGGUGCUGGAGGCCGUGCGGCACUGCACCAGCUGCGGGGUCCUGCACCGGGACAUCAAACCGGAGAACAUCCUGCUUGACCUGGCCACCGGGCAGGCCAAACUCAUCGACUUUGGCUGUGGCACCUACCUGCAAGCCGCAGCCUACACCAGCUUUGCAGGAACACCGUCCUACAGGCCCCCAGAAUGGAUCCAGUUCGGCUGGUACUACGGCGAGGCAGCGACCGUCUGGUCCCUGGGCAUCGUGCUGCACCAGAUGGUCUGCGGGGAGCAUCCUUUCAGGAGGGGCUGGAACAGCACCUGGGGCCGGCUCUCGCUCCCACGACGGCUCUCUCCAGGUGGAUCCUCGUCUCUGCAGCACGGGGGGAAUAGCAGUGCUGGGAGACAGCAGCGGGCUCAGGAGCAUCCCACACUGGCAGCUGCUGAGGAGGUGGCAAUACACCAUUCCGUGUGCUAA